GCUGAUAUAAGACAUCCGCCCCCCUCAGCCCCUCACAUCAGACGAGCGGGAUGAAGCCCACCGUGUCAGAGUGCUACCGGGAGGGGAACGCCAACGACCCCGCCGCCGGGAUGCUGGACAACGAGGAGUUUUUGUUCGAGGGUCCCGGCCCGCGGGAGCUCACCCAGAACCCGCUGCAGAAGAUCUGGAUGCCCCACAAGAACGGCCACAUAGCGCACAGACGGGUGUGUAUGACAAACUGUCCGACCCUGAUCGUCACCGUGGGACUUCCGGCCCGAGGGAAGACUUACAUUUCUAAGAAGCUAACUCGUUACUUGAACUGGAUCGGAGUUCCGACCAAAGAGUUUAAUGUGGGAGACUAUCGGAGGGAGUGUUUGAAGAUCUACAAAUCCUUUGAGUUUUUCCGUCCAGAUAAUGAAGAAGGCUUAAAAAUUAGACGUCAUUGUGCGACGUCAGCUCUGAACGACGUCUGCCAGUACCUCAGCGUGGAAGGAGGGCACGUUGCGGUAUUUGAUGCAACAAACACAACCAGAGAAAGAAGAAACACCAUUAUCAACUUUGCUGAGCAGAAUGGGUUCAAAGUGUUUUUUGUGGAGUCUGUGUGUGAAGAUCCAGAGGUCAUUGCAGAAAAUAUCGUGCAAGUCAAGUUGGGAAACCCAGACUACAAAAACUGCAAUCCUGAAGAGGCUCUUGAGGACUUCAUGAAGAGGAUAAAGUGCUACGAGUCCUCAUACCAGCCUCUGGACGAGGAUCUGGACAGGAAUGUCUCCUACAUAAAGAUCAUAGACGUGGGCCGCCAGUACCUGGUGAACCGCGUCGCUGACCACAUUCAAAGCAGAAUCGUCUACUACCUGAUGAACAUCCACAUCACUCCACGAUCGAUCUACCUGUGCCGCCACGGCGAGAGUGACCUCAACAUCAAAGGGCGAAUCGGAGGAGACUCCGGCUUGUCUCCCAGAGGAAAAGAUUUCGCCAAGUGUUUGAGGAAUUUUAUCGAUGAACAGAAAAUCAAAGACCUGAAAGUUUGGACCAGCCAGAUGAAGAGAACCAUCCAGACUGCAGAGUGCCUUGGAGUCCCAUACGAACAGUGGAAAGCUCUGAAUGAAAUAGACGCCGGAGUGUGUGAAGAAAUGAUGUACGAGGAGAUCCAGGAGCAUUACCCACAGGAGUUUGCAAUGAGAGAUCAGGACAAAUACCGCUACCGGUAUCCGAAAGGAGAGUCAUAUGAGGACUUGGUGCAGCGCCUGGAGCCUGUGAUCAUGGAGCUGGAGCGGCAGGAGAACGUGCUGGUCAUCUGUCACCAGGCGGUCAUGCGCUGUCUGCUCGCAUACUUCCUGGAUAAAACUGCAGAUGAGUUGCCUUAUCUCAAGUGUCCCUUGCACACUGUACUGAAGCUGACCCCCAUCGCUUAUGGUUGUCAGGUGGAGUCCAUGUAUUUAGGUGUGGACUCGGUGAACACGCAUAGAGAGAGACCUCAGAAUGUGACGACGCAGCGCAGCACCGAAGACGCUCUGCAGACCGUCCCGGCUCACCUCUAGAUCUCUAACGGCAACACUCCGCUCAGACCUCCGGCGGCGCCGCCGCACAGCCGCCGUGGUUCCGAGAUGUUUCACUCUCAUUCGUGGCCACCGAGACUUUAGCGUGGACUCACGACCCAAGCCAGUAUUUCAAACGUAUGGAUCAACUGUUACGGUACAAAGACGGUGUAAUGUGAAGAGUUUUCUUCUGUAACACUUGAAAUCUACUCGAUAUUUAGCGUAGUCUGUGCAGCCAUACACUCGUUAUGAAGGAUGUGUGUUUUUUUAAUGAUCUCCAGAAAACGAAUCAAACAUUUUAUUCUCCAAACGUUUGUUUGGUGAUAUAUAUUUAAGGAAAACACAUAAACAAGGAGUGAUUCCAUGGUGCGUGCUCCGUGUAGAAGCAAUCAACAUUCCAGCAAUAAAAUAAAAGUGGAUCCAAUUCAAGAAAAAUAACAAAAUCAUGUCUUUUUUAAAUCAAAUAUACAUCCAAACUGUGAUAAUUAAGCAAAUCAUGUCUUUAGCUGACGUUAAUAAUAAGCUAGGAUCAGUCUGUGUUCGUGUUCAUCUCAGGUACGACGAUCAACACUUUUUAUCUGCCAAAAAACAACACAAACGUGUGAAAUGCUUCUCCUUCCAUUGUGUGUUUAUGCUAAAUGUAAAAAGCAUUUCUGUCUGGUUUGUCUUCAGCUGUGAACGUAAAUAAAUGUUGAAUAUUUUUGAAGA